AUGAUUAUACACACCGUUGUGGGUGAAAAAAAUCUUCCUCCAAAUGCUGUUAAAAUGACCGAAGAAGAAGUUUUAAAACAUCAAACGAAUCUCGUUAAUAAAUGGAGAUAUAGUUCUGAUGUUUUUUUUUUAAAAAAUGGACAUUACAUAGCUGCGGGAUUUACCGCACUCGGCUCUUUCAUUAUCACAAAACAUAUAUUAAAAAAAAUUAAAUUAUACAGAGUUUUAAAUAAUGUAUUGGUUAUGAAAAUGGAUUGUCCACUAUGUUUGCAACUAAGAAAUUCUCUAUAUCAAAUUAUUACUGGUGUCAUGUAUCCUUCGGUAACAGGCACUAUAUUAAUAUCAUUGUCUGCAAUAAUAAAUAAAUCAAUGGAUAUUCCAUCGUUGAAAAACGAUCACAAAAGAUUUUUUCAAUUUUACAAAAACAUAUUUAAAAGUGGCGCAUUAAAAUUUCAUGGAAUAAUUACAGGUCAUGUUUUGUUGGCACUUUUUUUGCCAUACAUGCAAAGUUUAGAAUUGCAAAAUAUAAUGGACAUUGUGAGAAUGGCAGAAAGUUCAAAUAAUCAAUAA